AUGUUUAGGAGAUCACCAAGAAUAAGUAAGAAUAAUGAAGAUCAAAUUGUCUCGCAAGAGAGUAAGCAAGAUAAAGAAACAAAACGAAAUGCGAAGAACAAUAAAAUGACAGUUGAAAAAGAGGCAACAAGAAAGAGGAAGAACAAGAGUGCAAAUGAAGAAACACAAAGAAAGGUGAAACACAAGAAGACAGUUGAGGAAAAACCAGAAGAGUCGGAAUCAGAAUCCGAAGAAGAAGGACAAGAAGAAUCAGACGAAGAUGAUGAUGAAGAGCCUGAAGAAGAGGAAAAAGAAGCUGAAAAGGAAAAACAGAAGAAAGUCAUCAAAGGAAAUGCAAAGAACAAGAAAGAGACAACAAAAAAGAGGAAGAACAACAAUACAAAUAAAGAAGCGCAACAAAAUUUAAAGUUGAAACUCAGGAAGAUAGCUGAGGAAAAAUCUGAAUCACAAUCCAAAGAAGAAGCGCAAGCAGAAUCAGAUGAAGAUGAUAAAGAGUCGGAAGAAGAGGAAAAACAAGCAAAAAAUAGCAAACUGAAGAAAGUCAUCAAAGGCAGGUCAAAAGAGAAAGAUAAAAAAUUCAACGAAGAAGCAAAAGAGAAGGUGAAAAACAAGAAGGUAAUUAAGGAAGAUUCAGAAGAAAAGGAAUCAGAAUCAGAUGAAGAAGAGAAAGAACAAUCAGAUGAAGAUGAUCAAGAGUCAUCGUCGGAAGAAGAGGAAGAGAAAGAUGAAGUUACAAAAAAGGGCAAACCAGAUAAAGAGCUCAAAGGCAAGUCAAGAGCAAAAGAAAAGAAAUUCAAAGGAGGUCUCCAACCAUUGGCGGACAUGGGGAUUUUUCUAUGCAAACUGUUUGAGGGAGGUAAUAAGAAGAAACAGAUACUUGCGCAAGCACUAAAGAACUGUCCGUUCUGGGAGAUAAUUAAACCAUUCUACGUAACAGACAAAAGUCAAAUAAGUGUUAAAUGGUUGAAGAAGAUUAAUCUUGCAAUCUAG